AUGAAAUUCACGCGUCGCAUUUUUCUAGUAACCAUUCUUGCUCUCUCCAUUUUCAUCUCUCCUAUUCAAGCAGUCGAAGUUGGUGAUUCGACACAAGAAUUGAUCAAUAGCAUCUGCAUUGAAACCGAAGAUUAUGAGUUAUGUAAUAAAAUAAUUCAUAAAGCCUUGAAGACAAAAACAACUAAUCUCAAAGAUCUCACCUAUCUCAUAUUGCUCACUGCUAUUGAAUACGCCAGUGAUACAUAUAUCUUCAUUGGUAACAUCCUGCGUGAACAUCCUGGCCCUGAAGAAACGGCUGGUCUCAACACUUGUCUAAUGGUUUACAGUGAAGAAACUACUAUUUUCUUAAGUAUACGUCAUGAAUUCUGUGCAAAAGAAUACGAUCAUAUGAUUGUAGACAUUUUGUCCACAACCAAUAUUUUAAAAAAGUGUAGGAUGGAUUUCCCGAUUCCUCCUAAGAAGAAAGAUUCUCUGAUUGAGAAAAACAGAGCUAUGAAGAUCUUGAUCACCAUGUCUGCUGUUUCAGGCUAUAUGGUCAAAAAUGGAAAUCCUUCUUUGCUUGGUUCAGUUGUUACCAAGCUUGAUCUUUUUCAAUGA